UGUCCGCCACCGCGUAUGGCGAGGGAUCUUAUCGGGCCGGCACUGCCGCCCGGCUUCAAGGCCAGCGGGUCAGCGGAGGACGAGGAGCGGGACCCCAGCCCCGUUGCAGGACCAGCUCUGCCCCCUAAUUACAAAAGCAGUAGUUCAAAGUCAUCAGACAGCGACGAGGACAGUAGUUCUUUGUCUGAAGAAGGAAAUCAAGAAUCUGAAGAAGAUGACACUGGUCCAACUGCAAGAAAACAGAGGAGAAAUCAGGAUGACGAUGAUGAUGAUGAUGAAGGGUUUUUUGGACCAGCCCUUCCUCCUGGAUUUAAAAAGCAGGAUGAUUCUCCUCCAAGGCCUAUAAUAGGUCCUGCAUUACCACCUGGUUUUCUUAAAUCUGCACAGAAAAGUGACAAAGGCAGAGAUGAUCCAAGACAAGUAUCAUCGUAUUUCAACUCUGAGAAGGAAACAGGUAGCAGUGAAGAGGAGGACAUUAUUGGGCCGAUGCCUGCCAAAGGACCAGUUAACUCUAGUGUAACGACAGAGUUUGAAAAAAGGGCCCAGAGAAUGAAAGAAAAACUGACUAAAGGAGAUGAUGAUUCAUCUAAACCAAUUACAAGAGAGUCUUGGAUGACUGAGCUUCCUCCGGAGCUGAAAGACUUUGGUCUUGGGCCCAGAACUUUCAAGAGAAGAGCUGCUGACAAAUCUGGAGAUCGAUCAGUCUGGACAGAUAUGCCAGCUGACAGGGAAAGGAAAGCUAAGGAGACACCAGAAGCAAGAAAGUCAUUCAGUAAGAAGGAUGAAGAACAUAUAUUGACAGGAAUGGAAAAGAGAUUGGCCGAGCAGGUAUCCGCAUACAAUGAAUCAAAAAGGUCAGAAUCUCUUAUGGACAUUCAUCAGAAAAAACUGAAGAAUAAGGCUGCUGAAGAUAAAAAUAAGCCCCAAGAAAGAAUACCAUUUAACCGUGAUACGGAUCUCAAAGUUCAUCGGUUUGAUGAAGCUCAGAAAAAAGCCCUGAUAAAGAAAUCUAGGGAACUAAACACCAGGUUUUCACAUGGCAAAGGCAAUAUGUUUUUAUAAGGGGAUUUCCCUGUGCAAUGAAGAAGAGUUGAAGAAUACUCUUUUUUUCUGUCUGUCCAUCUUUCUUCCUUUAUUUUGAGUUUCUUAAGAUUAGAGGAUUACUUUAGUCUUACAAACCAUGCGUCCUUUAAAGUCACGUGGAAACAUGAAAUCACUGUGUCUUACAUAGAGUAGAAUUUUAUGUGUCUGGCUUCUGAGGAAAUGUGGGCUUUUCUUCAAAUAAUUUUUUUGAGGAUUCCCCCCUCCCCGCCACUCCCUAAUUUUUGUGCUGUCUCACAAGUGCCCUGUUAAGAUCUGGUCAGGACCAUCCACUGAGUCUCUCCCACAGCUCAGACCCCCUCAUCAGAUAUUAUGAACUUGCCCUGAGUGAGUGUGUCGGGUCCUCACAGUGAAUCCAUGAAUUUGAAAUUGUUUGGGUUUCCCUCUAAACUGCAGCCAGUAAAUACACAACAUUUACUUGAAAAUAGAGGGUAUGGAGGUUUUGUCCAUUUUGUUAUCAAUUUGCUUGUUGUGGCAAUCAGGGCUUUUUAUUUGUGGUUUGGAUUUUUUGGUUUGUUUGUUUCUAAGUCAGAAAGAGGGACCU